GACCACGCGCGCACUCGCAGCAUACUAGACAAGCCGUUGUCAUGCUCUUACCUGAUAACACGUUAUUGUGACUGUUGCGCGCAGCCGUCUUGGUCGACCGUUUUGUUGUAAAUAAUGAAAAAUUAUUUAAGUAACAUGACGAUUACAGUUUAUGUAAUUAAAGAUUAAAUAUAAAAUCUACCAAGUGAAUUACUUGGUAACAAUGUUAUAGGAGUUUACAUUAAUUAGUCUAUCAAAAAAAUACCUUUUUAUAGUUACUUGAAUAUUUUUAAGUUAUCAUGGAAUACUAUUGAAGAUAUUUAUUGGUUAGCAAAUACAAUAUGAGCACAAAAAAAAACUGGUCCAAAGUGGCCGGUCAUGUCAAGAACAAUAAUGCCGUACUAGGAAGACAACAUAGUGCGUCAAAACUCUUGGCUGACAUGAAAAAAGAUGACAACUACUUAUCUAAGUGGGAACCUGAGCUUUGCAUUAAAAUGUUGAAAUUACCUGGUGUUGACAACUACGCGGCAAUAAAAAAACUUUUAGGAAAAGCUAACAAGACAUGGAUCCUUGAGUUUCUCGAGAAAGAUGGUCUGGGCACUUUAUUAAAUAAGUUGGGCUCCAUGGGUGGAAAAUCAUUGAUGGACACCAUAUCCCAACUGCAAUGUGUCGGCUGUCUGAGGGCUGUUGUCAGAUCUCAAACUGGACUACAGUACAUAUCAGAACAUCUUGAAUACUGUCCAUACUUGGCAAAAGCAGUGGUCGUUUGUGGCAAUACUACUGUUAAACUACAAGUUUAUGAACUUCUGUGUGCACUAUGUAUGUUUUCAAAGGACGGUAUCAAAUUUGUCAAAACUACUUUGUCCCAAAUUAAGAUCAAGAAAAAUUUGCGGCAUGAUUACGAAAUCGUAGUGCUAGAUUUACAGCAAGCGGACACGUUUGCUUAUCAGACAACCCUUUUAGCUUUUGCAAACUGUCUGGUACUCGUAGAGAAAUCAUUGAGAAAAAGAAUACGUGUGAGAAAUGAACUAUUGGCUUUGGGAUUGCGGGCUGCAAUGGACAACAUGUCUGGUUAUGAGGACGAUGCCCUGCAAAUUCAAAUAGCUGCUUUUGAAGAACACCGAUUAGUCGAUGAGGAACUUGCGCCUCCACAAUCACACCACGAACUUCUCGAUGCUUUAUUGAAUAAGAUAUCAAAUACUAUUUACGGAUCCUAUUUACAAAAUAUUCUUCUUCAAAUGUCAGAAAUGAAUUAUAUGGAUAACGCUGUAACAAAUGAAAUUUGGUGCUUAAUAAAUAACAUUUUUUCUGAAGAUCCUCAGUCAAUAUUAGAUAUUUUAAAAAAAACCUCACAACAUUUUUCUUUAAAUUCUCAAACUGAAGAAGUUAAAAGUAAAAAAAUUAAUUCUUCUACCAGUCGCCAACAUUGUUUAGAUAUAGCCAAAAAUAAACGAACUUCUAAUAAAAGUAAACGAUCAUCUUUUCCCGUUAUAAGUAUUAAUGAAAAGAACAAUGUUGAUAUUUCAAUUGAUAAAGCUGUUGAAAAAAUAGCUAUUUGUUCAAUAUCAGUACAAACAGAUCAGCUGCAAUGUCGUUGCAAUGUUGGACAUACAGAAGUCGAUUGCAAUAUCAAUUCAGAAGAUCACUUAAAAAUCUCUGAAGCUGGUGAAAUAAAUUAUUCGUUAUGCAGUACAAAUAAAACAAAUGUGAGUUCAGAUAUAUUAUCUUCAUCACUUCCACCUCCUUUACCGUCAAUGAUUUCUUUACCUCCAACUCCGUCUCCUUUACCUUUAACUAUUUCUCUACCACUACCAUUAUCUGGUAAAGUUCCUUCUUCAUUACUUUCAUCUUUACCAAAAAUUUCAUCCACAUCACCAUCUACAAUUUCACCAGUGAACGUGCCACCACCACCACCUCCUCUACCAGGAAUGUGUGAUCCGCCUCCACCUCCUCCACUACCAGGAAUGUGUGCUCCACCACCUCCUCCACCACUACCAGGAUUGUGUGCUCCACCACCACCUCCUCCACUACCAGGAAUGUGUGCUCCACCACCACCUCCUCCACUACCAGGAUUGUGUGCUCCGCCACCACCUCCUCCACUACCAGGAAUGUGUGCUCCGCCACCACCUCCUCCACUACCAGGAAUGUGUGCUCCACCACCACCUCCUCCACUACCAGGAAUGUGUGCUCCACCACUACCAGGAUUGUGUGCUCCACCACCACCUCCUCCACUACCAGGAAUGUGUGCUCCACCACCACCUCCUCCAUUACCAGGAAUGUGUGCUCCACCACCUCCUCCACCAGUGCCUUCUAUGAGAUCAGCAGAAUUUGGUCAGAUGAUUUAUUCAAUUCCAAAUAUUACAAAUGGCCAUCGAACAAUGCCUACCAGACGAGUUAACAAUAAUAUUAAGUACAACUCACUACCUAAAACUAAAAUGAAGACUAUUAAUUGGACUAAAGUCAAUAAUCAAAAUCUUGACAAGUCAAUAUGGUCUUCAGCUACUCCUCCUGAUCUUUUAAUAAAUUUUAAAAGUAUUGAAGAACUUUUUUGUCAAAAACCUCGCACAAAAUCAUCACCUGCUGUUAUGUCAAAUAAUGGUAUGCCUAAAGUGGUUGUAACAAAUAUAUUAGACAGUAAAAGAAGUUUGGCCAUUAAUAUAAUGCUUAAACAAUUUAAAACUGGACCAGAUGAAAUAUUUAAAGCUCUAGAAAAUGGUAAUUCGAUUCCCAUUGAAAAAUUAAAAGGUCUGCAAAGGAUAUUACCUACAGAUGAUGAGUUGAAAUCUCUAAAAAAACAUGGUGGAAAUGUAGAAACAUACGGAACAGCAGAAAAAUUUUGUAUAAAUUUGAACAAACUACCAUUCUAUCAGUUGAAAAUUAAAUUAAUGAUUCAAAAAGAAGAAUUUCCAAUUAUGUCUUCAGAAAUCUAUACCCAGUUAAACAGCAUUAAAGAUAUGUGCCAUGUUUUAAUUGAAGAUCAGCCGUUUAAACAAUUUUUAUCAUUAAUUUUGUUUAUUGGAAACUAUUUAAAUGCUGGAAGUUAUGCUGGUAAUGCAUGUGGUUUCACUUUGGAUACCUUGCCAAAACUUCUCGAUACUCGAGCAAACAAACCUCGUGUAACUUUUCUUCAUUUUGUUGUUGAAGUUGCACAAACUAAUAAAAAUGAUUUGCUAAGUUUCACUAAACACACACCAGAUUUGAGAAAAUUAUCCAGAAUAUCUACUUCUACACUAGAAGAGGAAAUGAACAAUCUUACAAAACAAGUAAAAAAUUUAAAUUCUGAACUUUCUAAGCAGGCAAAAAAACAUAUUUCUGAACAAUUCACAGAUUUCUUAAAACAAUCAUUAAAAGAAGUUGAAGAAUUGAGCAACCGAUAUAAAAAUACCAUGGAUGUUGUUAAAGAUGUUGCUGUCUACUUUGGUGAAGAUGUGACUAAAUUUAAAAUUGAAGAAUGCUUUUCUCUGUUAUGUAAUUUCUUUGAACGAAUAGAAGUUGUUGCUCAGGAAAAUCUUAAUCGACGAAAACAAGAAGAAAAAAAUCAAAAACUCGCAUUGCAAAUUGAAAAAGAUAAAUUAUCAGGCACUAGACGAGUUAAAGCUCCAGCUAUAAAACAAAGAGAAGAAGAUGUGUGCAUAGUAGAUUUGGUACUGCAAGAUAUAAGGAGAGGUUCUUUUCAUUUAAAAAGUAUUAAGUGAAUAGAUUAUAUUUAAAAAGUGAUUAGACUAAUUAUCGACAUAAUUUUAUAAAAACCUGUUGGUUAUAUUGAUUUCAAGUAUUUUAUUGGAGCAUUAGUAUUUUAAGCAAAAAAGGGACUUUUUCUUAAUCAAAGCCGAGUUCUACAAUGUAAUUUUUAUGUAAUUUUUUUUGUAGUUGUAUAAUAUAUUAUUUUUUAUACUUAUUUUAUUUAAAUAUAUUAUAUAUUCUCACUUUUUGUUUUGUUGAAUUACUGUUGAUAUUGACUUUAAUUCAAUGGUUAUUUAAACAUUUUGUAUAUGUGUGUGUGUGUAUGUGUGUGUUUAUUUUUUUUUACAAAUUUUAUACUGAUUGAUCACUUUAUUUAUACACAUAUUAUUUAUAUCAUAUAUGCAAAUAAGUAUGUAAAAUAUUAUUUUUACUGUUCACUAUUAAAACAAGUGACAAAAGUGUAUUUUUUGGUUGUAUCACAUGUUAGUGAACCAAAGUUAUAGAAAGAUGUAUUUUUUUAUUUAUAAUUUGUAAUACUUACCUUUUUUUAUUUAUUAUUCUUGUGCCAUAAGUACUAAUUACUUUUUUAUAUACUUCAAACUAUUUUCUUCUGUAUAAGUUACUUGAAUAAACUUAAGUUUCUUCAUA